AUGGUCAUGUCGUCUCUUGUAUUUGGCUUGUACGUGGUGCCGUGGACCCGUCCGAUCGCGAUCGAGCUCGCCAAAAUUUGGUUUGACGCACGGGCGGUGACCAAGGAGCUCUUUUACCCCGUCUUUGCCCGCAAGACGAAGCUCGUCACCGAGCAUGGCAUUCCGUGCACGAUCGCAGCCGACCAAUCGGCGAUGCUAUUUGGCUUUUCGUACGUGCUCGGGUUCUUCGUGCAGGUGCCCGUCGUCGGCCCCUUCGUCUGGCUCCUCGCGUUCAUCGCGGCCGGCAUGGCCGCCCCCCGCAUGUUUCAACUCAAGUCCAAGCUCUAG